AAAUUGAUCCAGAUAAUCCAAGCCAUAGUCAGUAUGCCCAGUCCCUAGUGUCCCAGCUCAUACAAGAAUUUGAAACAAAGCUCUAAGUUAUGCAAACAAUGAAGACCUAUUUCUUGUCCGUAUGCGUUUAGAUGAAGCUGCAACCUCCUUCAGGACACGGUACCUGAACAGCAAUCCCCUUGGGCUGGUGGGCAUCAUACGCCAGUGCUUGAACACUGAACACAAUCUGGUUCAACAGAAUGAAAAUAUGUUAGGAGGAGGUGUUUCACAUGCAACAAACAUGGUCAUAGAACCAUGUGCAGAAAUUGAGCAGGAGUUAAGGAUACUUCAUGAACGUACACGGGAAACGGCAAAUGAACUGAGACACUUGGAACAAGAGCAAGAAUCAUUUGCCUUACAAUACCAUGACUGUGCAAAAAUUAAUGCUCACCUUUCCCACAUUCAAAGCCAGGAGAGAACGCAACAGAAUCGAGAGAUGGAACAGAGCCUUCGGAGACGGAAAGAGUUAGGGGAGCAACAGUUGGCACAGAAGGUGUCAGGGCUAUUGCAGCUGCGCAUGGCUCUGGCAGAUAAGCACAAAGGUACCAUUGAUCGCUUGAAUAGUCUUCAGCAGCGCAUCCUAGAUGAAGAGUUAAUCAAUUGGAAGAGAGACCAGCAGAUGCAUGGGAAUGGCAAACCUUUUAAUCCAAACAAAUUAGACCAGAUACAAGAAUGGUGUGAAGCACUAGCAGAAAUUAUAUGGCUCAAUCGACACCAGAUAAAAGAAUGUGAACGACACCAGACUAAGAUACCCAUAACUCCUCCUGGCGGGGUGACAUGCUGCAACUCUAAAUUCCCACAUUACUCGUCUUUGUCAUCACUUGUUACCAGUACUUUUAUUAUUGAGAAACAGCCACCCCAAGUGAUGAAAACAAACACACGCUUCACAGCAACUGUCCGUUUACUUGUGGGAGGCAAAUUAAAUGUAAACAUGACACCUCCCCAAGUGCGAGUCUCAAUCAUUAGUGAAGCCCAGGCUAAUGCUCUGUUGAAGAACGACCAAAUGAACAAGGGGGAACAGUCUGGUGAGAUCCUGAACAACACUGGAACUAUGGAGUAUAAUCAGACUUCGAGGCAGCUUUCAGUUAGUUUCCGUAAUAUGCAGCUGAGGAAGAUCAAGCGAGCUGAGAAAAAGGGCACAGAGUCGGUAAUGGAUGAGAAAUUCUCCCUACUUUUUCAGUCACAGUUCAGUGUGGGAGGUGGAGAACUUGUUUUCCAAGUAUGGACUCUGUCUUUGCCAGUUGUGGUUAUUGUCCAUGGCAAUCAGGAGCCUCAUGCUUGGGCAACAGUGUCAUGGGAUAAUGCAUUUGCAGAACAAGGCCGCAUUCCAUUUACUGUUCCAGAAAAGGUACCAUGGCCACAAAUUGCAGACAUGUUAGACACCAAAUUCAAAGCUGCCACUGGAAGGGGACUAACAGAAGACAACCUGAAAUUCCUGGCAGGAAAAGCCUUUAGGAAUCCACAAGUCCAAGAUUUUACAAACAUGAUGCUCUCAUGGUCCCAGUUCUGCAAGGAGCCCCUGUCUGAGCGAAACUUCACAUUUUGGGAGUGGUUCUUUGCAGUGAUGAAGGUUACAAGAGAACACCUGCGCCAGCAGUGGAACGAUGGCUCCAUCAUGGGUUUUGUGGGUCGACGCCAGGCAGAAGAAAUGCUUAAGAAUUCCAAGUCAGGCACUUUCUUGCUCCGUUUCUCUGACUCUGAAUUAGGAGGGGUGACAAUUGCCUGGAUGUAUGAAGAUACGACUAAAGCCUGUCAACGUGAUGUUUUCAUGCUGCAGCCAUUCACCAGUAAAGCCUUCGCCAUCCGUCCUCUAGCUGAUGUGAUCGCUGACUUGAAUUACCUCCUUUACCUAUAUCCGAAUGUGCCUAAGGAUCAAGCCUUUGGAAAGUACUACACGCCCCUUGGAGAGCAACAGCCCACAACUAAUAAUGGUUAUGUAAAGCCUCAACUAAAGACCCAUGUACCAGG